AUUCAUUUCUUUUGUUGUGUCUAUUUCAAAGUCGACGAAAUCAUAUCGAGAAAGAGAAUUAAAGAAAAGCAAUGGGGAAAUAAAUGCACAAUAUCUUCAUAUAUUACAAAAUGAAUAGCGUAUUUGCUAACAGACAACAGGAUUAGCGGUGUCUGAAGAUAGCCUUUUUGCUUUCUUCGGGAGGCUUUCUGAGGCUAAAAGUUAAACUAUAACGUGUCUUUUGAUCACAUUUCAUCAAAACGCUCCUUGCUUUCACUCUUCCCCUUCCUAAAAACACCUGAAGCGAAAGUGAAGGCGAAUACUUCACGCCACGUCUCGACGUCUUCACUUGCGGUAGAAAAGCAGUGCUUUGGGAUUUGGCAAAAGUGGUGGGAUUUUGUAUUUCAACAUGUCUUUACAAAAAUGCAUGUCUGUGGCAGCGCUGUUUAUGAUCAGUGAAGGGUUCUUAGUGACGGGUCCUUCCGGUCCUCUGGUUGUUCCUCUGGGAUCUUCAGUGGUUCUGCCCUGUUAUGUUGACGAACCCUUACCUUUGAAAGGACUGAAGGUGAUUUGGGUUCGGACAGAUGCCAAUACUUUAGUGCACGUGUACCAAGAUUAUGAGAGCCGUCCAGAAGCCCAGUAUCAGGAUUAUCGCGAUAGAGUUUGUUUCUUCACUGAUGAAAUGGAGCGUGGGAACUACUCCGUCCAUCUGGAUCACGUGAGAGCCGAAGAUAAGGGCUUCUACAGAUGCAAGGUUUACACCGAGCAGGAAUCCGAGGAGACUCUGGUUGAAAUUAAAGCGGUUGAGCAUUUGAAGGUGUCAGGGUCUAAUCAUCCCGUGUCCGCGUCUGCGGGUGAGGACGUGACUCUGAACUGCUCUGUAGACUCUCACAUCAGGCCGGAGGAGAUCGACGAGGUUGCCUGGAGGAAAGCGGCUAAAAACGAAAUCAUCCAGGUUCUGGUUUUCGCGAAGAAUGAAAUGGUUCCUGCAGACGAGCGGUACAGAGACAGAGCUCACUUCUUCCCUGAGGAAAUCCCCAAAGGCAACUUCUCUCUCAGGCUGAAGAGCGUCAGAACUGAGGAUAAAGGGGUGUACGCGUGUCAGGUGCAUGCUGGGAACUUUUCAGCCAACGCGACUUCGGUACUGGAGCAACUGGGUUUCUCGGUUCUACACGGAGUUGUGUUGUUCCUCUGCAUCGCUGCAUCAGGAUCUGCUCUGCUCCUGCUGUAUCUAAACCGCACCGCACCAAACACAAACCUGUUUCUUCAGACGUCUGUUGGCUGUGUACCCAACCUUUUUAUGUUUUUUGCCUUUCUGUUCUGGGGUGUUAUUGAAGGCUAUCUGAGUGAGACUGUUGCCUGCUGCGCUCAUUAUUUUCUGAGGCCUCUUCUUCUGUUAUGGACGGCCCCACAUUCAGAACAUUUCCCCGGUGAUCGUGUAACAGCCAUGCACUGCAUGGUUCAUCUGCAGUAUUCCCUCUUUACCAAUGUAGUUUAUUCAGUUCUUUUCAAAUCUUUUUGGGAAAAAAGUUUGAGGUAUGAAGAAUCCGACAGAGUCAAGAUAACAGUCCUCUUUGGGAUAAUGAUUCUCAUAUGCAUCGUAUUAUUAUUAUACCUGGUCUCUGAUAUCGGUCAUGAUGUUCUGCCUCCGUUACAACUCAUCUUCCUCUUCUACGCUUUUGAAGCUGCUAGUGGAGGAGAACAGCGUGGCUAA